UUAGGCAUUGAUGAAAAAGACGUGGAUGCUGCGUAUCCAUCGGAAGAAGAAGAUGAUGAAUACGAAGCACUUCCGUUUCAAAUGGCACAUGCAACAACGUCUUCAAUGUUAUUAUCAUCCCCCUCCUCUAAUAGCAGCAUUAUCGGGUCACCUAUGUCUCCCGCUUCAACGUUAGUUAACAAAGAUAUGCAAAAUGUUGCACACUCUGUUUCGCGGUUUAAUCAUUUGAUCAAGCUUUGUGAAAUAAUGGGACGCAUCAUUCAAAAUAUAUAUGCGAUCCGAUGUAAUAUAGCUUCUGCUAACAGUACAGUUAUUUCGGUUCUUGAUUCAUCUCUUACGUCUUGGUUCGUAAACUUACCACCACAUUUACAAUACCAUCCAUCAUCAAAUCAUCCUUUUGACGCCACAACACUUAAUCUUCAUGCUUUAUAUUAUUCGACGGUAAUACUUCUUCAUCGUCCUUACGCCAACACAAUUGGUAAAAAUUCAUCUCAUAACAUAUGUACUACUGCGGCGAAUGCUAUCACUGAAAUCGCUGAUACAAUGAGGAGGCGUAAACAAUUAAGACAUAGUCCUACCACGGUAAUUUACUGUACGUUCACAGCUGCUGUUAUUCAUACAUGCAAUGCUGUUCAACUUGAUGUCUCUAUAUCUCAGCCAGCAAGGGAGAAUCUUGGGAAGAGCCUAAAAAUAUUAGAUGCUUUAAUGGCUAUUUGGCCAUUAACGUACAAAUAUGCUAUUAUACUAACAGAAUUAGCAAACUUGAGAGAUGUACAGUUGGAUGUAGAUAUGGAGUCAAAAAUUGAUAGACCAGAAGACGGAUUCAAUUCUAGGAAACAUAUUAAUCCCACAAUCUUAGACCAGCAUGAACGACAAGCGGGAUAUCACGCGUUAAAUAAUAAAACUAUAUCACAUAAUAAUAAAGAGAAUUCUACACAAUCACAAAUCUUUAACUCCAUAUCUUUAAAUUCUCCACAAACUUAUGAACGACAUCAUUCCGUAAUGGGUUUCGGUAAUCCUAUUACAAUGUCUUCACAACCUUCACCUUCGUACAAUCAACAAAAAUCGCAGCUACAAUUACAUCAUGAUUUGCCAGAGUCUGCUCAAAUGUUUAAUAAUACAUUUGGGUAUAGAUAUAUUACCUCUGCAACAGCAGAUCAACAAAAUCAACAUACUAUAGGUGGUACUGAUCCAUAUGCUGCACCAGGCGUAGUAUCGACAAAUAAUAGAAUAGGGAAUGAAACAAUCAGUUCCCUAAGUUCUGAUUUUUGGCUUUCGUCAAAUACGGAUUUAGAUGAAAGAUCUUCGUAUUUUGGUUCACAACAAAUGCAACAGAGUGCUUCACCAUUCUCUUCGCCACCUACAUUACACUCUCAGCCACAACCACUAAUGCAAAUGCCGCUGCUACAUGACGAUGGAAACGAUGUAAAUAUGUUUGCGGAUAAUCAUGCAUUUGUUGCUAUGGGAGUUAGUAAUAAUAGAAGAGGGAACACUUCACCAUUGGCAUAUUAUUGA